ACGAAUCAGAGUGGGGGAAUCGGCUUGAUUAUCUCCAGAGCAUUUUUUGCCCAAUUACAAGGGAGAAAGAUGUGAUGACACAAAUGGAAGAGAUUAGUAGAAUUCCCUCAAGAGAUCAAACAAGAAUGGUUAUUUAAUGGCUCGGCUCUUGGACGGUACUAUGAAUCUAGGAACCAGCGUACCAGAUGCAAAGACAUCGCACUGUGCAUAUACUCAGAUUUUAAAUGAACGGGCAGAGGCAGUGCUGAGAUUUAAGCCUCCGAAUUCUGCCGCAAGUUUGUUCUGAAAAGCUAUAUUGUGUCUUAGGAAUUUAUGUGAUACAGAAUUACUAAUCUCUAUCUUAGACAAAUUUCUAUUAGAUGUUUCUUAACAAUGAUUCACAAGAUUGGCUUUAUAUUACUCUUCUUAUUGUUGCUUUCUUCUUGAUGGUCACAUUUCAUGCUCCAUAGUUCAUACCUAAA